UGCCUUGCAGAAAUAAAAGUAGCACAAAAAAAACUUGGAAAAACUACCGUCAUGAUGGAAGCGAACACCAGCAUUUUGCCGGUUUUUCUCCUCAUGUUGUUCUCAUCAUUUGAAUUCUGCACGGGCUACUCUGCACUUGAAGAUGCUCGCAUCAUUGCCGAAUACAAACUUCAUUUGCGCAACACCGACCAUGCCCAAGUUGCCCGCAAGUUAGUGCAUCAAGCCAACUGGGCAUCAGUGGGUAGUAUAUCGACCAACGAAAAAAUCACUGACUAUCCUAUGGUGAACAUAAUCUCGAUAGAUGAUAGUGAUUUGGAUGGCACAUCCACGGGACGUAUACAUUUUCUGCUGACCGAUUUGGAUUUUACCGGACCCGAUUGGCAGCAUAUUAACAAGGUGACUUUUCUCUUCACCGACGAUCAAAAUUUAAAUUGCAAAAAGCGUGGCGAAGAUCCAAUGGAACCGACAUGUGCGCGCACCAUGAUUAGCGGAAAGGUUGAGAAGCUGGACACCAAUAGCGUGAACUACAAAACUUGGCUGGAGGCAUUCAAGAGUCGUCAUCCAGCUGCAAAGAAUUGGCUUAAAGCACACAAUUUUUAUUUAUGUGAAUUGCAAAUAGAAAAUAUAUUCGUACUGGACUACUAUGGCGGCCCGCAUGAUGUAGCAGUCAAGGAUUAUUACAAUGCGAAACCGAACUAACACAAAAGCAAUGACUGAGAUAUAAACGUAAAACGUUGUAUGUUACAUAUUUUUAAGUGCCAAACGAAAAAACAACUAUUUACUAAUUUUCAUAAUGGAUCACAAUUUUACACAAGUGGGCUUAUUACAGACAUACAUAUAUUUACGUAUACGACAAUUCCAUUUAAGAGGUAAAAAUUAAAUAUUUUUUAGAAAACAAAAGUGAUUAAUAAAGUACAUUUUAG